AUGCCGUCCCUGGCCCCCAUCUUCUCUACUGUCUUCUUUUUCCUCUCGGCUACACACCUAGCCUCUUCAGCCUCCUUCUACCCUUAUCUGAAACGGAGCGAUUAUGAUAUUAGUGAGAACAGUAUCGACCUUGUGGAUAAAUCCAUAUUGCAGGAUGCAUCUCAGUUUAACUGGGAGCCCAUCAACAUCACUGAGCUAAGCGUUACCUGCUCACGGAUAAACUCCAAGAUCGAUUAUCAUUGCAACCUGACAUUCUCCUGGUUCGACCCGAACUCGGUGCGACAAAACGACGUCAACUCCGGCGUCUGCCGGACAGCAUGGUCGUGGGACGGCGUGACUAAGCACAACGCAACGCUCGACGGCAGCGACCCCGUCGCCAGCUACAACUCGUGCUGGCACGACGACCUGACCUACUUCAAGGUGGCGGUGCCGGCGUUUUGGCACCCGGCCAACUUUUCGCUGGAGCUGGCACAUCGGUACAAGGAUGACGAAAACUUUACCAAACCGUGGGACUAUCCCACAACGUUUGGCGACGCCCCCAUCCACAUCGGCCGACAAGAACCGUUGAGCAACAAGAUGUCCCACUACCAUCCCGGCCCCAUCAAUGGGACUAUUAUUGGUGUCAUUGACUGA